AUGCGGGUCCUUUACCACGAACCAAAGCUUGACAAGACUGAGGUCAGCAUUCGGCUCGGCGCGGGUCUCAACGCCAGCCGCAUCGUCGAAGGCGCGGACGUGUACAUGGAGUGCUCGGUGCUUGCAGCCUCCAAGGUCACCGAGGUCACCUGGCGUCGCGACGGGACAGAAAUUAAGGGGUUCGCCAGCGCCGAAGGGUCGUCGGACGCUCUGGUCACCUCGCGCUACCUGGUCAUCCGAGGGGUGACCGUCGAUCAGACCGGACGGUACACCUGCACGGCCAACACUGCUGACGGAGAGAGCGUGGAGAGCGCUCCGCUGGAGGUCCGCGUCAGACACGCGCCGCGGUGCGGCGUGCGGCACGAAACGCUCCUAGCGGCGCGGCCCAACGAGCCACUGAACGUGACCUGCGACGUGAGCGCGGAUCCCAGCGAAGGGCUGCGCUUCUUCUGGAUCGCCGAGGACGACACCGGGAAGAGGCGUCACAUGACGGGGAGAGAGGAGGGCGCCACCGGAGCCGUGGAGGCGGACUUCGAAGAUUGGCCACCGCAAGUGCAGGACUCGAACCGGCUCGAAGUGCAAGUCGACGCACACCUGUUUCACGCAACGCUCCUCUGCUGGGCGAGGAAUAGCGUGGGAACGCAGCGGGAGCCUUGCAGACACCGGUUCCAGUUGAGGCGUCAGCGAGCGUCCAGCCUUGAAUGCGUGGUGGGUAACUACACGGAUACGUCCUUCUCAGUCACGUGUGCGUCACGUCGACGCGGUCAUGCCAGGAGCGGCAGCGACGAUCACGGAGCGGCGGAGUCCCGGUUGCGCAUCGAGCUGUUCGAUGCGACGGCCGGUAACCGGUCGGUGCGGGGCUUCUGGGUCGCGACCCAGUCUGGCAGCGCAACCGGCGCCGGCGGUGACCCGCAGUUCCUGACGGGUCUCAAGCCGGCCACCGACUACUUGGUGGUGGCGCGGCUAGAACCGGAAGUGAACGUGUUCGCCACUUACGUCAGGACCCUGGCGCCUACCCAGACUGUCAGAGAACGAGAAGAGCGCGCCUCGACGGCCGAAAGCACAACUAGGGUGCCUCCCAUGAUGACUACGAUCGCCGUCAUCGUCUGCAUCGUUGCGACCGCCACGUUAGGCUUAGCAGCCACCUGCACAGCGCUAUGGUUCAAGCACCACAGGAGACGAUCGCGACUGCUGAGAGCCGCCGCGGCUCGGAAACACGCCGAACACAAGGCGUACCUCGCCGCAGACGCUUCGUGCAGCUGAUAUUGCGGGCACAAGCGGAACGCGUUUGCCCUUAGUACUCUUAUAGUUUCCUCACACUCACUCUGUUCGCACCUUCAUGUCCUUACCAACAGUGUCGCUAACGAUGAAACAUCGCAAGGAUGAUACGUGCCUUCACUUUCAAAUGUGUGCCUUAUCACCCUUCUCGACACUGUGCGUCCUUAGAUGCGUUAAAGUGAAGCUUUACCUCAGGUGCCUCAAUCUAAAUACAGUAAAACCUCGAUAUAACGAAGUUGAAGAGAAAGCCUGAGUUACUUCGCUAUAUCCAUUAUAGCACGUACUGUGCUAGGAAUCUAUAUAAUGAUUUUAUUAAUAAUUUCACUUGCUUCGAUCGUCAGGUCCAUUAUUUAGUUAUUUCCGACUUCGUUAUAACGAGGCUUCACUGUACAUGGGGAGGGAGAAAUCGUUUUUCUCGGCAAACACUACGUAUAUUUUAUGAGGUUCGUUGCAUUUAUAUACAAGAGACAUGUAUAUUGACUGCUUGGAGUGAAAUUGUUAUUUCGGUUAUCAUUGUCUAUACGAAAAACCUUGAAUACUGCAAAUAAAAAAUAAAAAAUGAAAGAUCUCCUCUAUUAGAUUUAGCGCUCUAGAUCAUCAAUAAAAAAAGAUAUCAGAGUUCGGACAACUGAACCCAUUCAGACAUGUCAAAUAAACAAAAUCACUGUAUUGUGCAGCGCUCUGUAUUAUAUACCACUAAUUUGCCGGUAGAGAUUUUUCAAAACCGUCGUAAGGAUGGCAACUACAUCACGGAAACUGCAAAUCUAUGUAACAAAUUUGCCCGCUUUUUAUGUUCCAUAAAAUAAUGUGUGGAUCAGUGCGAUAUGCGUAUUUGGUGCAGAGUUAUGGAUUUGUAGAAAUAUCUCCUUGAGUUUUCUUUCGUACAAUUCUUCAGCACUUCUUAUUAAAAAUCUUCACACCUCGAAUCGAUGUUAUGCUGCAAACACUCAGUAUAACUGCCAAUUUCUACUUGAUUUCAACAAAUUUCUUUCGAAUAAGUUGUACGGUUGUCUAGGGAAAGAAAUUCAGCAUUCUACAAAUAUCUUAAUGCGGAAAUAGUUCUGCACGAGGUAAAGUUUGUUCUAGCAGAGUUGUUAAGCAUGGCAAUAAACUAACGAUGUAACAAAAGAUAAUUCAGAAGAAAAGAAAAAAAAACACAUCUCUAUUUGCUUUCACACGAAGAGUCAAGCUCAUCGUCUUACGACCAGAGCUUUAUUUGUGGAAAAUAUUUGCGAAUGCUUUACCAUGAUUUUAUUAUCUGAAUUUCUCAUUGGAAGUUCCGCGUCCCAAGGUUCUCACGUUUCAUCGACUAGCUUUGCGACGUUUACCAUCUCAUUACCAAUUCUCAACCAAUUAGGCCAAGUUAACUGCACAUUUCUUUUUAUCUGUACAAACACGGAAUUCAUUUCCUUCGGGUGUGACAAAAUAUUGCAUUGGUCCAUUGCAAAAGAAUUCGCUAUGGUACUUUUCCACUACCGAAUUAAAUUUUCUGCCAUUAAGUAUAUACACACUUUCUGGCUGUAUACUUUAAAGUUAUAUUUAUCCUAGUCAUUGUGGGUAAUGCACUUUGCAUAUAUACCUUUCUGAAUAAAAUGACUUCUUUC